CUCGAAAGUCAACAGCAACACUCACCAUCAUCACAUCACCCCACCACCCCACUCGCAUCACAACAAAAUGGCAGAACCAAUGGACGUCGACGAGCCAGUCGCCGUCGCCGCCCCACCAAAGCCCGUCAACGCCUUUGGCGCGCUCAUGGCCGGCGCCAAGGCCAACAAGGGGAAGGAGAAGGCCGCCGAGGUGGUCGACGACCGCGAGGGCCUGCCAUGGGUGGAGAAGUACCGCCCCAUCACGCUUGACGAGGUCGUCUCGCACCACGACAUCACAGCGACGAUCGAGAAGUUCAUCGAGGCGGGACGGCUGCCGCACCUCCUCUUCUACGGGCCUCCAGGCACGGGUAAAACGUCCACUGUCAUCGCGCUCGCCCGCCGCCUGUAUGGCAAAGACUACAAGAAGCACAUGCUCGAGCUGAACGCGUCCGACGACCGCGGCAUCGACGUGGUGCGCGACCAGAUCAAGUCGUUUGCCGCGACCAAGGUCUUGUUCUCUAAAGGCUUCAAGCUCAUCGUCCUCGACGAGGCGGACAUGAUGACACAGGCCGCGCAAGGCGCGCUGCGCCGAGUCAUCGAGCAGCACACGAAGAACGUCCGCUUCGCCAUCCUGUGCAACUAUGUCAACAAGAUUACGCCGGCCAUCCAGUCGCGGUGUACGCGUUUCCGCUUCUCGCCCUUGCCAGAGGCCGAGGUGGCGAAGAAGGUCGACGUGGUCGUGGAGAAGGAGGGCGUCAACCUCACCCCCGACGGCCGCGCAGCGCUCCUCAAGCUCUCGCGCGGCGACAUGCGCCGCGCGCUCAACGUCCUCCAGGCAUGUCACGCCGCAUACGACAUCGUCGACGAGAACGCAGUGUACAACUGCACGGGCAACCCGCACCCCGCCGACAUUCAGCGCGUGGUCGAGAGCAUGAUGUCGGACGAGUUCGGCACGGCGUACAACCUCAUCACGGCGCUCAAGACGGACAAGGGGUUGGCCCUGCAGGACCUCAUUGCGGGAGCUUACGACUUUCUCGAGACGGUCGACCUGCCUACCAAUGCGAGGGUGUACCUCCUCGACCACCUCGGCCAGACUGAACACCGCCUGUCGCUUGGCGGCUCUGAAAAGAUGCAGCUGACUGCCCUCCUUGGUGCAUUCAAGAUCGCCGUCGAGCUCUCGCAGAAGAAGGCAUGA